AUGAUUAAAAUAUUCCAGGAAAAGCAGAAUCAAGUAAAAGCUUAUCUGAGAAGACUAGAAAAGGAUUUCUAUGAAAAAUGCCACAAUGAAUUAUCAGAAGUAGAAAAGCAAAUAGCGGAUUUCGAUGAACGUUGCAAUAAAUUGAAAACAGAAAUAUCUGACCAUGGGGAGGAGUGGUGCAAAGCAAUUAAAAUUGUUGUCAAAAAACUAACAUCUCAAGUAUCAAAAGUGGAAAACCAACACAAAGAGACAUUAAAUUCAAGCAAAGAAAAAUUACAACAGAGUUUACACAAAGUGCAACAAUACAUGGAGCAAAUCACUGGUAUACUGAGAUCAAACAAUAUUGCUAAACAUUUAAAUAUUAAUACAGACUUUGAACCAGAGUUUACGAUACCUCCUAAAUUUGACAUAGUUUUACCAAUAUUUUCAAAGCUUUCAAAGCCAGAGGAUUUAAUUUCUGCAAGGUUUGGGUCAUUGGCAUUUCAUUCAGAUGAACCUACACCAUCAAUGAUUAAAGAUAUCCUUUAUAAACCUGAGGUCAUCACCAUGUUUAAAACACGAUAUGACUUUCAUCUUUACAACUUGACAAGUCAAAGUAAUAUGCGAAUCUGGACUAGCGGAGAUCACUGCGUCAUGAAAAUGUUUAACUCUAACCAGGGAGUAUAUAUCAAGUCGAUCAAAACAUUAUCAGGACAUCGGCCAGAAAGUAUAGCAAUAACGAAAACUGGACAGUUAGUUUAUACUGACUACCAUGAUAGAUCUGUGAACAUUUUGAAAAAUGGUAAAUUUAGGCCUCUAUACGAAUUAGAAAACUGGAUACCUCACGGUGUUUGUAGUACCUCUUCUGGUCAUAUCUUAGUUGUUAUGGUUAGGGAUGAUUAUAAACAAUCAAAAGUUGUCCGUUAUGUUGGCUUCAAAGAGAAACAAACCAUUUUUUCCUAUAAGGGUAUCCCUCUAUUUUCUUCUGGAGAUUUUUAUAGAUAUAUUACUGAGAAUAAGAACCUGGAUAUCUGCGUAUCUGAUCAAAGAGCAGGAGCAGUAGUGGUUGUCAAUGAUGCUGGGGAACUGAGAUUCAGGUACACUGGUCAUACUCGUGUUCCAAAAAACGAACCAUUUGAUCCAAGAGGCAUUGCAACAGACAGUCGGAGCAAUAUCCUAGCUGCAGAUAUUAUAAAUCAUUGUGUGCACAUAAUUGACAAGAACGGUCAAUUCAUUCGUUACCUAGAUUGCGGCCUGAUUAAUCCAUGGGGACUCUGUACGGAUGAAAAUGACUUGUUGUUUGUUGCUCAAUAUAAAAACAAAAAUGUUGUUGUAAUUAGUUUCAUGCAAUGA